UAUCAACUUCUUCCACGAAAAAAACAUUAAAAUGGUUUGCGUUGCUCUGCGAGUUUGCGUUUCGCUGGAAACCAUUCAUAUUUUUUGUUUCCAUAGAUUAGUAGACUUUACAAUUUUGUAACAAAUACUACUAGCGAACAAAGUACAGUUACAAAAUCCAGGAAUCAGGUGACCUUCUGCAAUCCCUGAUAGUUGACAACUUGCUUGACGACAGAAGAUGUUCAUAGAAACCAAGUGUAACCUAUAAACAUCAACAAGCAUUUUUAUACUAAAGCGCUGGCGCUCAAUUUUUCGAAGAUCUCAUCAAAUCGUAAACCACGGCGUCGAAAAAAACUGAAGAUUCUGCCCAUCUGGAAGCAGAUAACCGAUACAAGAUGCCAGCAGCUAGUUUUGGAUCAAUAUCUCAGCUUCCAGGAACUGGUGACUGUGGUAUAAAGGAUGUAUGGAAUCACAAUCUACAUGAAGAGUUUCAGAUAAUAAGACAAGUUGUACAAAAAUAUCACUGGGUUGCAAUGGACACAGAGUUUCCUGGAGUUGUAGCUCGCCCUAUUGGAGAAUUCAGAUCAACUGCUGACUACCAGUAUCAACUGUUAAGAUGUAAUGUUGAUCUCUUAAGAAUAAUUCAGUUGGGCCUCACAUUUAUGGAUGAAAAUGGUAAAACUCCACCUGGCUACACAACAUGGCAAUUCAACUUCAAAUUCAAUUUACAGGAAGAUAUGUAUGCACAAGAUUCAAUAGAUUUACUGCAAAAUUCUGGUUUACAAUUCAGAAAACAUGAAGAGGAUGGCAUUGAACCUCUUGAAUUUGCAGAAUUGUUGAUGUCGUCUGGUCUUGUCCUUAUGGAUAACAUUAAAUGGCUCAGUUUUCAUUCUGGUUAUGAUUUUGGCUACCUUCUUAAGUUGCUCACAGACCAAAACUUACCACAAGAUGAAAAUGAUUUUUUUGAGAGCUUAAGAUUAUACUUUCCUACAGUGUAUGAUGUAAAGUACUUAAUGAAGUUAUGCAAAAACUUAAAGGGUGGCCUUCAGGAGGUGGCUGAUCAGUUAGAGUUGCGCCGGGUUGGACCCCAGCACCAAGCUGGCUCUGAUUCACAUCUCACCGGAAUGGCCUUCUUCAAAAUAAAAGAGAUAUUCUUUGAUGACAACAUCGAAAGUUCAAGCGGACAUUUAUAUGGAUUGGGUGCACCUUUCUCAGUAAAUGUCAACAAUUUCCAAGACAAUGGAGAAAACGGAAACUCCUCUUGAUCUUUAGAGAAUGGGCAUGUUAUAAGCCUAACACCACAACCUCAAGUGUUUCAUAUCUCAGAGUGAAGAUAAUGUUUCACCGUGUAGUGUGUUACAAUUAUGUGUGACAAUUGGACAUUAUUUAAGUGACCAUCUCCACCUCCUCUGUGAAUAAACCUGCAUCAAGUGUUCUAUUUGAAAUAUACAAAUUAAUUUAUGUAAUUUACAACCAGUAAUUAGAUCAUAAAUAUUAUGUAGACAAAUUCCUUACAUCCAUAUUUUAUAAUUAUACAAUUUAGGUUGAUAUUACAAUACAUAAUGUCAAAUAUUUCUUUGCUUAGAUAUAUUAAUAUUUUAUAUAAAUUAUAGCUUUAAGACUAUUAUUUCCUCUAAGGUUUUAUCGAUUUAUUUUAUAUCCUAUUCUAUUUAUCUUAAGAUUUCGUAUUUUUUUGUAAUUUUAAAUAUAAUUAAUUUUAAAAUUUUUAAGUGUAGGUUUUAUUUCAAAAACUACAUACAUCAUGGAUCAAAGACCCUUGCUCUGAUAAUAUUAAAAUUAGGUAAAUAGUUGCUAAAAAUAGACAUCUUUAUUAAUAAGCCAGUUUGCUGAAUAAACUUUAAAUAAGUAACAAUUGC